AGCGACGAGCGGGCACGGGGCGAGGAUGGCGAGCUGCUGGGUGCUGGUGCUGGCGCUGCUGGGGGGGGCCUGCGCCCUCCCGGCCCCCCUGGGCUACCCCCAGGCUCUGGCCCAGGCUGUGGACUCCUACAACCAACGGCCUGAGGUGCAGAAUGCCUUCCGGCUGCUCAGCGCCGACCCCGAGCCCGGCCCGAACGUCCAGCUCAGCUCCCUGCACAACCUCAACUUCACCAUCAUGGAGACGCGGUGCCAGGCGCGCUCGGGCGCCCAGCUGGACAGCUGCGAGUUCAAGGAGGACGGGCUCGUCAAGGACUGCGCUGCGCCCGUGGUGCUGCAAGGCGGCCGCGCCGCGUUCGAUGUCACCUGCGUGGACUCCAUGGCUGACCCCGUCCGCGUCAAGCGCUACUGGCCGCUGGUCAUCAGGACUGUAGUUGCAGGAUACAACCUCUACCGGGCCAUCAAGAAGAAAUGAGCUGUCCCCAGAGCCGCUGUCACCGCUGCCCCCUUGCUGCCUUCCUUCCAAUAAAGGUGUUUCCUGGCCACUCUA